CUUUGUUCUAGAUCAUCUACAGAAAAAAAUAUUGUUAACGUUAAGAUGGUAUCGCUAGAAAAUAGUUCUCGGGCAGAGGUUCGAUCUUUUUCUAAUCUGUUUCCCUUUUUUGGGAAGCGAAGCAAGCAGAACACUUUCAACCAAAAUCAGCAAAAGCGCAGAUGUUUUUCCCGGGAGUUUUGCGGGGAGCAGCCAAGAUUAGGCAGUGCUGCAAGAGGACACAAGAAAUGCGCAGCGCAGUGUCGGACUGAAGUAAAUGAGUUCGCUGCCGUUUAUUUUCACAAAAUUGAUUUGCUUAUGUUCAAACUUUUCACCAAAGCGCAGGUCUAAGGUACUACCCCACGAUAGAAGCAAGCGGCCUUUCAGCACUACCACACAGCAACAGGUCGUCAAGCGACAUGAUCACAGCGAGACAUACUACAUUUUUUCACACGAUUUCUGGUUGGAUUCUACAUGUUGAUGUUAGAAGAGUAGAACGUGGUCGUAAAAACGUUGAAACAUCACGAAUAAACAUAGCUUCUUCAUCAGGAUAGGAACCUUCGAGGUGACGACCGUGAGGAUUGAGAUUGGUGCGACACAGCAUCUGUUUCCCUGAGCAAACCGCGGCAAAAACCUGGAACGAAACGCAUCGGGAUCGGCGAGGAGAGGAACACGAAUUAAUAGUCCACUUUCCUCGGGGCAACAUCGUCCAUUUGAUCCUAGCAUUUUCAAUCCACCUUAUCCUGAAAACAAAGCAAAACCAGGAGGCACACAGCGACAAUGGCGAAGCAUUUGGCAAACAUCUACGGUAAGGCUAUCAUUUCUGUGGAGCACAGCUAUGAGUAGACGGAUUCACAUCCUACUUUUCGUUUCUUCAUAUGGUUUUCUUGGUGGAGCAGGGAUAAAUGAAAAUGAAUUGAAGAGUCUAACAAAAAAUUACUAACUUCCCAGGUACCGAAGAGGACCGAGUGAAUUGCCCGUUUUACUUCAAAGUCGGGGCCUGCAGAAACGGCGAUCAAUGCAGUCGGCAGCACAACCGACCAACGAGCUCGCAAACGUUGUUGUUGAGUCACAUGUAUAGCGUUUCUUUGAUUUUUGCUUUCCCAUUCAACUUCGCAUGUUGACAAAUUUCAAUAGAUGAGGGAUAGUACCCACUGCCAUUCUUAUUUUCGCAUGAAGACAGCAUGAGCAUCGACAAACAAGAAUUUGAAUUUGUACUUCAUCCGCAGGUACUCCAACACGCAGGAAUCGCUCGCCAUCGCAAGAGAAAUAGACUGGACGGAUGACCAGUACGAUGUGGCGCAGAAGCAUCUGGAGCGUAUAAUUCGUUGAUAAAUUAUGCUCUUCCAAAAGUUCUGGUGCUGCUGCUGGUUUCGUUAGCUUCUAUGUAAAGUGACACAUGCAUACAUGACCACAUCUGAGUCGUAAUUUCUGUUGAUGAGAACAAGCGCAAUCAUGCUCAACAUCAUGCUUCAUCGCAAUACAAAUUUCACAAAUUGUGGUCCAACCUAUAUUUCACAGAAUUCUACGAGGAGGUGUUUCAGGAAAUGGCAAAUUUUGGCGAGAUCGAGGAUAUGGUGGUCGUCGACAACAUAAGCGACCACAUGGUCGGGAACAUAUACGUGAAAUACUACCGAGAGGAGGACGCGGAGAAGGCAUUGGAAAAUUUAACGGGCCGGUACUACGGCGGAGAGUUGAUCCAAGCGGAGUUCUCCCCCGUCUCGGACUUUCGGGAAGCCAGGUGUAGGCAGUUCCACGAAAGCAGCUGCAAUCGGGGAGGGUACUGCUGAUAAUGCACUUUUUAUUUCAGAUGAUAAUGAUUCUCAUUCUGAAAUGUUAAUGUUGACACGGAUGGCAACUACAUGGGUCUGCUUCUAUGUUGCCCUCGGGACAAUUAUAAAAAAACUAGAUCUUUUGUUCGUCAUUAUCUCAUUUCAACGCCAUAGAAAUCCAAACCCCCACAACCACCCCCAGGUACUGCAACUUUAUGCACAUCAAGCACAUUCCCCGUGCCGUGAAGGCGAGGCUCGUGCGUGGCAUGUAUGAAGAACACCCGGAAUUUCUCGAGCGCGAUAACAAGAAGAGGAAAGCAGCGCGAGGCAAAUCCCGAGAGCGGGAAGACCGAGGGAGAGGAGGGGAUCGAGGCCGCGACCGGGACCGAGGUAGAGACGACCGGUAUGAGCGAAGCGACAGGGGCAGGGAUAAAGGCGGAAGAGACGAUCGCGGCAGAGAGCGGGACCGCGGGAGAGGUGACGGCGACUUGGGGGCGAAGUAUUGAAUUGUUUUUUUCGAGGACCAUGUUUGUUGUCGUUUUCAUUCAGUGCUGAGAUUCGAAUCCGAAUUUUGUACUAUGUAUCCGAGGUCGUGGACUGACACGAAAAUCAGCCUCACCAUGAGCAACUACGCACACUGACACUUCUCAUGUCUACAUAACAACAUCAUGGACGAGGAAAUACAAACCAUCAAAACAGGAUCCACCGCUCCAACAGUGAGGAGCGACGAGCCAUGAUCGCCCAAUGGGCAGACGACGACAAAAAAGAGGACCUGUACUGCCAACCCACCUCAAUCUAGAUGUUGACGCAAGAAUUUUACGCAGCUACCCACCAGCGACGUGGCUUUUGGUCGUUCUUUUGGCUCCCGCCCCCUUGUGCUGGUCGCCUACUCGAUGGCUUCUUUGCUCAAAGCUGGUCGCCAUCAGACACACACAUCAUCCAAACGGAAUUGCGCGAAGGAAUGAAAAAAGAAAAGAACGACACAAAGAGAAAAAAAGGAGAAUUAGUCGCGUCAUGAAGAGCAG